CAUAACCUGUUUGUUUCUGUUUCGCUUUACGAAUGGGAUUUUUAUAAAAAUAACAAUCCUUUACUCUGAAAAUGAUUAGAAGACCGAAACCAGGCGAAGAUGAAGAUGAUAUACUGCGUAUGCAGGAGGAGUUCCUUCGGGAAAAGAGUAAAAACCAAAAUCAUCAGCCGUCUGCUCAAUUCGUCAAUUUACGACGUACAGAGCCUACCAAAAGAGGUAGCACAAGUGAGACUGGCGAAAAAAAGCCCUCUAAGUAUGCUCAGUCUAAGGGAUUGAAAGGACAAGGCGAGAAGCGGGCAAGAUUCGACCAAAGCUCGAGCCCUUUGGGAGACAUUCUGGAGAAAAACAUUGACAAUCCACCCCCAAACAAAGAACUCGACGAUGAAGAUGAUAAAGUAUAUUUUCCAAAAGUAAUACCUUCCGUAUUGGGGGAUAUAGUUGAGAAAAAUGUGGAUACUUUAGCUGAUUUUGACUUCAAGCCAAUGCCAGCUCAGGGCUUCCCAGUUCCUACCAAAUGGGACCCAAGUGCCGCUCCAAAGACUGCAAGCGCCCCAAGCACUAGCAGUGUGAAGAAUACUGCAGAAUCUACUAUGGAAGUUGAUGAAAUAAACAUGAAUACUAGCACCAAGUCUUCCAAUUUGCCUGAAAAAAGCUACAUUGUAUCUUCAAAAGAUGCAGAUGAUAUUCACAAUGAAAAUGUUAAAGUUCUAAGUAAAAUGUCAGAGAAAGAAAUAUUGGAGGAGCAACAAAAGUUACUGUCUACUUUAGACCCUAAAUUAAUUGAAUACCUGAAAGCCAAGCGAAACCAAUCUUCGGCACAGGGGCAACCUGACCUUCCUAGCACAUCACAGAAGCAAGAAAGUAAGGUAAUGCCUACUAUGAUUCCAAAUAAAGUCGAAAGAAUGGAUGAAUCAGACUCAGACAAUGAAGUUGAGAAUGAUGCCUUGUGGGAAAAUGAUAUUCUGUCUCAUCCAAGUGUCAACAAAUGGCUUCAUUUUGAUUCACUAGAAAAAGACAAAUUAGAGUGGAUGAAAGGUAUCAAAGAAAGCAAAAAAGUCAAGCCUGAUGAGCCUUACGAAGCAAGAUUUGAUUUCAAAGGGUACUUGUUGCCUUACACAAUGGAAUACACUGAAGAAAACAAAACCCUAUUUCAUCACGGAGAAGAACCACAUAGACCUGGAUAUACUUUGUCUGAAUUGAUUGAACUCUCAAGGUCUGCUGUCACCCAGCAAAGAGUAAUGGCCCUCAACACAUUGGCAGGCCUACUAGAAUACUAUAAUGUGGGAACAUACAAAGAUAUUAUAGAGAUUCCACUGAGCAAAAUAUUCUUCAUCAUCAGAUUUGCUAUGGAUGAGAACAAGCCUAUAAUUUUAGAACCAGCUCUAAAAGCCAUGAGAAACUUAAUCUGCAACAGGGUUGAUGAAGCAUGUCUUGAUGCCUUGAUAGGAUUUGAAGAAGGCACCCAACAGCCAAGCUUGGAAAAUGACAAAUCAGAAAUAGUUGAACUAGAAUCAAAGGAAUCCGAAUUUAAUGACUUUCACCUAGCUGAAAUAGACAUCAUUACUGCUCUUGUAAGGACUGAUAUAUUGCAAAGGAUUUACUACAUUCUGGAAACUAUCAGGCCCAGUUUUAACUGUGUGCAGUACUGCCUACAAAUUCUUACAAGACUAGCUAGAGAUUCUGUCCAAACAUCUGAUACUAUCAUCAAAACUGAACAUUUGAUGAACACCAUCACUAAACAAUUUGUUCCUGCAACAAGCAUUAAUUUUGUAUUUGAGCCACAAAUAGUUUACAAUGGGAAACCCAUUUUAGCUGCAUUGAAAUUUUUGAGAGUUUUGUCUCUACAGUCCCGCGAGAUUGGUGAAGCCCUAACAACGAAAUAUGACAUUCUGAGACCAAUAUCUGAAUAUAUCAGCUCUGGUGUAGAUGGCACAUAUGGCUUGAGAAUCCAGAUUGAAGCAUUUUGCAUUCUCACCAACUUACUACAGUACAAUGUUGGCUUAGAAUCUGCCACAUCAUUGUUUCCAGUAAUAAUCACAGCAUUGUACAAACACAUUCAUGGAACUGACGUCUUUGCUACUUCCUCACUAAUAUCAGCCACUCAUGCAGCAGCUGUAACCCAAUUUAUAAAUAUUUUCUUAAAUUGUCACAUGCUCUUAAACUUGACCAAACAUAAGCACCAAAUAUAUCCCUUACUGAAAGAGGGUGUUCAGAAAUGGGUUACACAGUUGGCAACUUCUGACAUUUACACUUGUGGGCAUUUGAGACUGGUUUGCUCAACAUUAGACUGCUGCAAAACAGUGAUGUUGACUGAAAAUAUACCCAUGAAACUGCUAAUUAAUUUACUGAAAGACCUUGCUUCUUCCAAGGGUUUUAAAUUGGUCUUGAAGAAUUUAAUUAGAUCUUCUAAUUUGCUAUCAGGCAUAGAAAAUAAGGAUUUACACAUGACAAAGAAUUUGAAGAAUCUUGGCUCAUCAACUAUUGAUAGAGUCCAAAAGGUUUUACCUGUGUUGAGUACCAUUUCACCAUUGCCAUUUUUGAGUUCUCUUUUCAAAGUGCUGAGUCUCAUUGAAGACAAAUCUGUAAAGAAUCUGUUCAUAGAACAUUUAACUGAGUAUCUUGGAAGCAUGGCAAGUAAAAUGCCAAGUUUGUGUGAUAACUGGUUCACUAGAAUAGAAACAGAAUUUUUAUUCUAUGUUGUGAAAGUGGCCAUACAGAAUGAUAUCCCAGAAGCAAAUAAGGACCUAAUUUAUACAGUAGCAAGUAAACUUUGCUAUAUUUUAAGAAUCGAUAAGAAGUUUGAGCUGCAGUACUUAUUUAGAAAUGUUGUGUUUAACAAACACUGGUUCACAGCUGAAAGAUUGAUGAACCUUGUUUCAUUGUCAGAUUCAGAUGGGUUUUCAAGAUCUUUGAAAUCGGUUGACGACAUUAGAAUUUGCUACAGUAAAGUUAUAAAUUUGAAUUAUGUGGACACAGGGCCCAACAUUGUACUGAUAAAAUGGCAGGAGCCAAUACUGCCAAGGGAUUGGAUCUAUUUGCCGAUACUUAUGCUGUAUAGUAAAAGCCAAGUGGUUGAUACGGCGCCAAAAGUUUUUGGGGAGAACGCACGGAGAGCGGCUUUGCAGGCGAUCGCUCAAAAGGAGUUGAUCAUAUGCUGCAGCCUGGAGUGGAUCCUCUUCAACGAGCUUUGUUUCUCAGACCUUCUCAAAGACAUUGAUGUCACUGACAGAUUCUGCCGAAUCAUGUGCGUCUACCUCUGCGAUAGCUCAUUGUUUCUUGACGCCAGAAUUAAAGUUCUGUUGCGUAAAUGUACGCAGAUUCUUUUUAAACAGAAGGCUUCAUUUAACUUCGACAAAGAGCUUAUGGGACUAAGUAAUUUCCAAGAUUUUUACACGCAAUUCUUGGAGCAGUUCCAGUCAGUAAGCUACGGGGAUGCUACGUUCGCUGCGUGCGUAUUAGUGCCCCUGGCUCAAAAACAUAAUGUGAAGUGGCGGAAACUGUUAUGGUCAGAAUACGCUGGAUGCCUGAGAGCCUUGGAUUGUCCCGAGGAUAUGCUUUGCUACGAGAUGAAGGAUUACUUGUAUCCAGAGGAAACAGACAUGUCGCUCAUCAAAUCAUAUUUCCAAGCGCUGUCCGGCAGCCUCCUAAGGCCCGGAACUAUAGCGUAUAGAAUAGCGCAACAUCAUGUCGAGUCAUAUAAAAAUCGAUCAAAUGUUUAAAAUUAGUUUUAAGAGCAAAAUAAAUAACACUGAAAAUUAAA